AAUUCCAGAGGUUUGUAUGUGUGUGUGCCUCUCUCGCUGUGUAUGUGUAUCUCCUCGUGUAUGCGUGUGUAUAUGGAACAAGGGAGGGAGACUAGUUAUUAUUCUGAUCACAGCUUCCCUGAUUCACAGACUUGGAGCUGAUCAUGAAUAUAAGUGAAGACUUUGACGUCAGAGUUGAGAUAUAUCAGCAGACCCAAUGGGGCAAGAAUAUUAAGUGCAAGUCAAUGCCAGCAAUCUGCCAACGUUAUUAGCAAUGUUAACCAAGGAAUGAAGCUUAAUCCCAAGGACUGGAAGGACUAGCACGAAAAAAAAGGGGAAAGCUGAUCAGCAAGGAUCAAACAAAGGUAAAACAACAGAAAUACAUGUCUGCCUAUGUUGUUUCAUGUGUUUGACUUCUCUUCUGCGGGCUAAGGAAGGGGAAGGGUGUUUGCGUUGUAUUGAGUUUGGAAAGCAAGCCGGUUAGAAGGUGGCCCUUUCAAUAUUUUAAUCCUAGCGCUCUGAUAAAUUGCAUUAUGGACAGCACUCUCAGCAGCGGCGGCAAAAACCUUGACGAAGAGAUUCCGGACUAAACCAUUUGUGUGACCUUUGCAACUUUAGUUUUCAUAACAGUGAAAUGUGAGACGAUAUAUACAAGGCGUUGGAGGAGGUGUGAUGGAGGGGGAGGUGAAAGGGUUCCUACUUAGUGCAAGGGGUUUACUAUGAAAGAAAACCAUGUUUAAUGCAGCUGAGAUUCUGCAGUUGUUUGCAGCCAGCAGUCCCUGAGUGCACCGGUAUUAAAAACGAGCAAAGUUAAUGCAGAAUAUUUCUAGUCAAUAGCCUUCACUGGGAUCCGAUUUAACCAGGAGGUUUGCUUAAGUAUGAGGCUUGCCUGACCAGAAAUACUAUAUUUUUAUUUAUUACUAGCAAAGACAGAAAGACACAUUUACAACAAGGGACGAGAUGAUGUAACCAUUACUCUGUUUAACCCCAAAAUUGCUUGUGCCCAAGUGUUAGUGUUGGAAUCGGUCUGAUCAUGCUAUGAAUCUGCAGCUCUGUACGUGUGCCUGAUGCAACCGUCUCCCUUUUAAUGGGAACGCAUGCAACGAGCAGUGUGACGGGUGAAUUAUGGACACUCAGCCUUGCUCACCUUCAGCUGUUUAGACGGAACCCGAGAUCAGACGAAUCCCCCAUCUGUUCAUUCGGGGGAAAGGAAGGGGAAAUAGCCAAGAUGGGGAGGAAAGUUUAAUUUUAUUCAAAGAUCGAGCCUGGUGUAUUAAAAAAAUAAAUAAAAGGAACGGGUUUGGGGUGUUUCCUGCGGCUGCGUUCGCGCUCGGCUCCCAGAGGAGGAUGUGGGGGGGUGACACCGGGGAAUGGCCCAGGCAGGGUAUUGGUCUUUUAAUCCUGUCUGUGUCCGAUCAGUCUCCAGUGCAAGCGGCACUGGGGAUACUGGGGCCUGGGGGCCAGGCUGGGACAGCGGGUCUUGUCGUGCCUCUUGCGGGCGGCCCCGGGCUCAGGGGUGGAUAGUCCAGGCUCUUUCGAUGCUGCUUUCACCCUUGUCUCCUCUCUCUGUGUGUCCCUUGUGCCUCCUCUCUAGCGAUGCUCCACAACCCCGCAGCAGCUGCGGCCGCCAUGGAGGAGCAGCUGCGGCAGCAGCAGCUCCUGGUCCUGCUCAAUGCCUCCUCUAGGCCCUUCCCCAGCAGCAGCAACAGCAGCAGCAGCAGCAUCUGGCCGCCCAACUCCUCUGCCUCGGAGCCGGUCACGGCGGCGGCGGCGGCGGCGGCAGGCGGGGGAGGCGGAGCGGUCAGCCCCUGGGACAUCGCCCUGUGCGCCACGGGCACGGCGGUGGCCUGCGAGAACGCGCUGGUGCUGGCCGUGCUCUUCUACACGCCCAGCCUGCGGGCCCCCAUGUUCCUGCUCAUCGGCAGCCUGGCGCUGGCCGACCUGCUGGCCGGCCUGGGGCUGGUGGUCAAUUUCACCGUGCAGUACCUGCUGCAGCCGCCCAGCGCGGCCGUGGCGCUGAGCGCGGCCGGGCUGCUGCUGACCGCCUUCUCCGCCUCGGUCUGCAGCCUGCUGGCCAUCACCGUCGACCGCUACCUGUCGCUGUACAACGCGCUCACCUACCACACCGAGCGCACGCUGACCUUCACCUGCGCCAUGCUGCUGCUCAUGUGGCUGCUGUGCCUGGGCGUGGGGCUGCUGCCCCUGCUGGGCUGGAACUGCCUGCGGGACCAGGCCACCUGCAGCGUGCUGCGGCCGGUGACCAAGGACAACGCGGCGGUGCUGGCGGCCACGUUCCUGCUCCUCUUCGCCCUCAUGCUGCAGCUCUACCUGCAGAUCUGCAAGAUCGCCUUCCGGCACGCGCAGCAGAUCGCCGUGCAGCACCAGUUCAUCGCCACGGCGCAGGUCACCUCCACCCGCAAGGGGCUCUCCACCCUCUCCUUCAUCCUGGGCACCUUCGCCCUCUGCUGGAUGCCGUUCGCCAUCUACUCGCUGGUGGCGGAUUCCAGCUACCCCGCCGUCUACACCUACUCCCUGGCGCUGCCCGCCACUUGCAACUCCCUCAUCAACCCGGUCAUUUAUGCCUUCAGAAACCCGGACAUCCAGAAGUCCCUGUGGCUGGCCUGCUGCGGGUGCAUCCCGUCCACCUUCUCCUCCAGACCCAGGACAUCCAGUGAUGUAUAAGGGUGGUUGGCCGCCCGGAUUGUCAGAUGGUUUCAGGCUCUCCUCCUCCGCGUCGUUAUGAUGUAUUACCACCAGCAGGAGGAAUCGCAGAGCGACGCGCCUCCUUCCCCGGGGAAAGAUGUCAACAAGAGAACAAAAAAUAAGAGUGGUCUCCUUUAAAAAAUGCUUAUUUUCCUACAUAUUUUAUUUAUUUUUGAUUUAAAAACAAAACAAAAGACCAAAAAAAAAAAAAGAUCAGCGCCUGAUGCUUUUUCUCAUCCCGGUGUAAUGGAAAGGGGGAGCAGCACGUUUGCCAAACCCAUGGCCCGAAAAUGUUCAAGGGCCCAGGGCAACUCUUCACUUAUUUCAAGCCUCCGAGCGAGGGGCAGGCCGUUGGGAAGGUCCCCGGUGAGGAACGGGGAGAGACCUCGGGCCAACUCUCCCUUGGCCCCACACCAGGAGUAACCCCACUGAAGUCACUGGGGGUCGCCCCAAGUCAAAAUCCUGUCAAGUGCGGGGGAAAGUCAGGCCUUGGGACGUGGGAAGAGAAUAAGAUAGUGCCCUGCUGUUUAGAGCCCAGCGCAGAUCUGAUGCUGAGGGCUCAGGGUAAGAUCUAGAAAAACGUGUACAAUAUUUGCUUGCUGUUAGUUUGGGUUUGUUUGGAAUGGUUAAAAAUGACCAUAUCCAGGGGGCUUCACUGCCUGAAAGGUGGGGUAGGGGGUUUUGGUGGUGGUGGUGAUUUUUUUUAACUAUAAUCAGGUUUUGCUUUGCUAUGCAAUAAUAAAAGGGACAUUGUGAGAUGCGGUAACCUGCCAAUAUUUUUCAUGCCAGACCGGUUCAGCACCACGAGGUCUGGACAGCUCCGUGAGAAGUGGUAGGAGGACAAGUGGUUUGUCUUACGAUUUUAUGUUUAUUUUUGUAAAAAAGCACAUGGAAGUCAAAGCUUUACACUGGCCUCUUUAAGCGGCGGGAAAGGAAGUGCGAUCCUGAGUCAGGAACAAAUGAGGUCCAUUCCCCUUCACUUGCUGUCCUAAACAAUUGUAUAGUGUUGCUAUGUGCUGUUCAGCUGCUGCAUUGCACCUCAGAGGAGGCUGUAUUUCAGUGGUGGGUGAAGUGAUGCCUGUAUAUUUAUAUCUCCUUUAUUUGUGAAGCACUUUGAGAACCUGCAGGAUGAAAGGCACUUUAAGGUAUGAUUAUUAUUUAUUAUUACAAUGUGAGAGUAAAGAGAACUCCUUGCUGAAAAAUAUGCUCGUGGUGCAUCAUCAAAGCUAAAGAUGGGAGGAAAGCACCUUUUAGGUUAUCUAGUUAAUCCCCCUGCCAGGGAGAUGAAAGCAGUGGAAGAAAGUCAGAGAUGAGGUUUUCUUGACAUCGGAACCUAGGUUAAUCUUUCACUUAUUUCAAUGCGGGUAUAACACACUGUCUUUAGCGGUAUUGUUAAUAUAGUAUGCUGAUCUCGCAUACUGGGUGGGGGGUGGGGGGAUAUGAUCCAAAGACUGAUAUUCUGAACGAGGUUGGUUCUUCUAAAGGGAAGCCUACAUCAUCACAUGUCUUGUUCCCGAAACUACUAGAUUAACUUGCUUCCAUAGAGAAGCUACACUAGCCUCACGCUCCUCUACUCUAUCAUGUGCUUUGUGGUGUUAGUGAUAAAAUGAAGUGUCCUUCAUCUUGUGCUGUAUUUUGGCCAAGAAGUGGAAUAGUGCAUUCCUUUAAAAACAGAAUAACCUUCAGAGAUAGAUGGGGACUCUGUUCUUUAGGUGAAAUGUCCAGGGUUGCCUCUUGGGUGGGGGGUUUGUCUUACCACCUAUUCUCUCAAUGCAAGGAAAUUGCUUUGGUCGAUGCUCCAAAUGUGUUGCUCUCCCUUAGAAAGGAAUCUGUGCUACAAACAUCAGAAAUAUCCCUCUUUCAAACAAUAGCCUAUCCCUGCAGCAUCAGUUGCAAACCUGGCUUAGGUUUGUAUUAUAUUAAAAAAACAACAACAAAAGAGAGAACAUCGCAUGUAAAUAUUAUAGUUCCAUGAAGGACAAAGUGUCCAAAUUUAUGUCUGAAUACAGGUGAAACAAUCGUUUAUCUAUAGAACUGUGCAAUGAAGGUCUCUUUCUAGCUCAGCAAAGCUCACUGCACAUGACAAAACUGUGAAUCUCAAAUGUGUGCUUUGGGCCUGGACUUUUUUUCUAGUUCCUAUAGGUGUCCCAGCUUUUCAGGUUUUUUAUGAGGAGCAACGUACAACAUGCACAAAUUCUAGUCAAUAUUUUUACAAUUUUAUUUAAUGUUUUUGCUGUUCAUUUAUUUAUUAUUCUGUUUCCAUGGUUGCAGACAACUUCCUGCAGUUCCUAAAUGUGAAGACUCAAUGCAGAGUUAAUUAAAAACAUUUCAAAAUAAUGUUUUUAUAUGAUUUGAUCUACAGGGCAGGUAUUUGUGUUUCUCUGGGCAGCUCAUUUUGUAUUUUUAAAUCAAAUGUAGCAUUUAAACAUUCACUUUAGGCACACAGUUAAAAUGAACAUCUUACAUUUUCUUGGAUUUCCAGUUGAUUUCCUUUUAUCAAGGGUUUUGAUUUCAGAAUUUUCCUCAUAAGGAGUUUAAUGGUGUGAAUGAAAUUUAAUGGUGUGAAUGAAAUUUACUCGCUUUCCAGGGAUCUGUAGAUUAAAUAUGACAUAGGUGCAUAGCAAUCAAAGCAAAAUAAUGUGCCCUCAAUGUCAGACACUCAGAGGAGGAGUGUUACAUUGGGAUGUAAUUAGCUAAAAUGAGGAAGUUACUGAUUGUAAACCACCAUGUAAAUGUCAGAGAUUAUAUGAGCAUGUCCUCUAAAAUACUGUUACCUGGCCAAAUCUAUUUCAGGUGUAACUCCAUUGAAAUCACUUGGCUAAAUUCAGGUGCUCACAUUAAAUAGUAUCUUACCCUGCUCCAGUGGUGCUAAUUAUGGAAUAGGUGAAUGGAAUUCACUGUGGAAUUCCUUGAAAAUAAGGGUAUCAGGAUCUGGCCCAAUGAAACUACACCAGAGGUAAAUUUGGACCCAGGUGUUUUGGAUAAACAUUUUAAUCCAGUUCUUUCCUUGUGGUUGUCUCAGAGAAGCAACAAGGGAUUAAGUGCUAAGUAUGUUUCAUGAAGAAUUUCUAAAACUCUUCAUUUGAAAAUUCACAGAAAAAUUGAAGUUUUCAAAUUGAUAUUUUUUUCAAUUUUUGAGUUAAAAAGAUCAGGUUGGGGGGGUUGUUUUGUUUUUCCUUUUCGCUCCCUUUUUCCUUUCUCCCUCCCUGACCCCAUCUUUAUCAGUGGAAAAAUGAAAAAAUGAGGGAAGGACUGCAAAAAGGAGGAUAGAAAGGAAAAAAAAAUCCUGAAGCCCCCCUUCCAAGUUUGUUUUUCAUUGAGUUGUGGAAAUAUCAGAACAUUUCUUCAAAAAUUUGCAGUAUGAAAAUAGUCCAUUUUUGUUGGAAAAAGUUUUAAACUAAAUAUUUUGACCAGCUCUACACUGCAGCACUCUUUGUCAAUAUUUAUUAAGGAGAGCUAGGUUAAUUAUUGGAAAUAUUUACCAAGUUAGUAAAAUUGUUUGCACGAUGAUAACACAGUGAUGUUCUAUUGUCUUUCAAAGCUGAGUCCAUGGAAUGCAUUGCUACAAAACACUGGGCGUGAUUCUGUUCAUUCUCACACUGGUGUAAAUCAGGGAAAAGUCCACUGAAGUCAGUAGAGUUACACCAGUGUAAAAUGUCUGGUGGAAGAGGAAUAUCAGAUAGAUAGGGCCUGAUUUAUCAGUGGAUGCUUUGUAGCACUUAAUGAUGCCAAGCAGCUGUAAACACAGUUUAACUCAUCUGCUGAGCCAAAUUUACAGCUGCUUUGCAUUAUGGGAGUUGCACAAAGCAACUGGAGUGCCCUGGGGAAUCUGGGCCAUUGCUUAUUGGCAAGGAUCCUCCUGUUGGAUUUAGUCCGAUAAAGAAACCAAAACUGACACAAGCUGUUUGAAGUGCUGAGGUAUUGAGAAGCGAGCUCUGCUUUAAUUAUUGUCAUAUUAAUAAAAGAUACAAGUAGAUAACAGUAUAAAGGGCAGAUUCUCAGUUGGUGCAAUCUGGCAUAAAUCCUUUGACUUCAGAAGAGCUAAACUGAUUCAUGACAUAUGAAGAUCUGGCUUACUUUGGAGGGACUGCUCAGUACGCAGUCAAGGUUAUUUAUCCACUAACAUAUAGUAACAGUGAUCUUCAGCACUUUGCAUAUCAGAGAGAACAUAAUGCAGAGCUAUAUCUAUUAAGAUCAAAUGAUUAAUAUCAGGAAAGUUUUGAUUUCUCCAUAGGACCAAAUCCUUGCUUCCCCUUUCCCACCUUAUUCAGUAGCACAUGUAUUUUAUUUGACUGUUGUUUAGGUUGCCACCUUGUUCAGAGUGAACUAAUUCAGUUUUAGACAGAUGAACCAUGCCUCAUUGAAACAAUUGGUGAAAAUGACCUCUCAUCAUUCCCUCCUGGGAUGGGGUGACUUACCUACCAAAGAUCGCUGAUGAGCAGGAGCCCCCAUGUCCAUCUCUGUGGCAGAGCCGGCUGCCUUUUGGAAUAGGAAAAAGAACAAUGCCAGCAAACCUAAGUGUAGGUAGGAAAUCAUGGGCAACAUACACAAUUAGGGACAUGCCCCCCCGCUAUAGUCAGGUUCUAUGCCCUGGCCCUAUAUCCUCCACCCCCUUGCUGCUGCAUAUAGCUCCCCUCUGCAUUGAUGAAAACUUUCAGUGUGGGGAGUCAACACUGCUCAGAUCAGCAGUAACCUGUGUAGCAUUUUACCUUGGAGUUUUGCUCCAUGUGUAUGCGUAGCUUGCCACAUCGAGCAGCCGCUUCCCCAGCCUCAUGGUUGCACAUGUGGAGCUAUUGCUCCUCCCGUCACUUAUCAUCAUCACUAUGGCAAAUCCCAAAGGAACAUAGUCUCCUUGCAGAUCAAGUGCCAUCUGGAUUGAUCCUCCCUUUGUCGCCCCAGCCAGUUCCAGCCAGCUUCCUCUCCUUUCACCACUGUAAGUGGCAGAGAGGAUCUGGCCCCAGUGUCUUUAGCUGAGACCCACUUGAUCCUCCGUCAUUGCUCCCUCUUGGAAAAGCAAGGUUCUCACAUGCAAGCAAAAGGCUUUUGACUGACUAUGAAGAGCCAGAUCCUGAUCUUAGUUACACCAAUAAAAUUCCCGGUGACUUCAGUGGAGUUAGUCCAGAUUUACACCAGUGCAAGCGAGUGAAGAAUUUGGCCUUAAGCAAUUGCACAAAAUAUUUAACACACCAAAACCCACCCCAGUGUUCUUUCAGAGUGACCAGAGAAACAUGAACCUGCUUUUUAGUUUUUUCACUUCCGGGUGUCUUGUUUGCCCUUUUCUUUCCUACCACAUGUUUGAUAGCCAGCAGCAUAGUUGUAAGAAGCACUUAUUAAGUUACUCUUUGUUGAUUUUUUUGAGAGGUAGGUAGAUAGGUAGGUUGUGGCGGGAGGGGUGGAAGUGGAAGUGAAGGAGUGGGGAAGGGGAAACAUUCCUUAGAUACACACAAUAUUUGAAAAGCUUGGGAGCACAGAUAAAUGGGACACUGUCACAAGCCAAAUGAAUUCCUGGGGCAUCUGCAUUGAACUUAAUGGAUCUGGUCCCAUAUAUUUAAAAAUAUGCCUUUAUCAGAGUUACUAACCAUACCUUAGAUUGUUGACAUUUACAAUUUAUUUUUUUAAUAUUUUUUGUUUAUUUCCCUGCUCUGUUUGGUCAGUGGAACUGUAGUUGUCACUUUCACUUUCUGUCUAACCAAUUUCACUUCACUAGCAGGAAUGUUACAACCUUUGGCGUCUCAAUCAAAACAGUGACAAUUUUUACAUCCCAAACAAAUAGUUUUCAUUGAAUUUAGAAUAAAAAUAAUGAAAACAUUACUGUUCACAGGUUUCAGAGUAGCAGCCGUGUUAGUCUGUAUUCGCAAAAAGAAAAGGAGUACUUGUGGCACCUUAGAGACUAACAAAUUUAUUUGAGCAUAAGCUUUCGUGAGUUACAGCUCCUUUUCUUAUUACUGUUCACAUUGUUAGAAAGUUUCUCUUUUUUUUUUUAAACAAAAACUUAAUUUUUGGGUCUAAAUCUACUUGACAGUAAGCCUUUGAUCUUCAUAAUUACUUAAAUUGUAUCAAUGUAUAGUAAUUAAUGACAUACAAAAUACAUCUUUAACUGUCAGGAAUAAUUGUAUACUGUGUACGAUAUUUGCCUCUAAUUCUUCUCGUUAAAGCCAAUCUUUUUCUCUUGGUGGGGUGGCAGCGUUGGGAUCUUCUUACAAUUUCAUUUGAAUCAUCAUGAUAAAGGCUUAAUUGCCUCUUACAAAAUAGCUAAUGUAGUUGCCUUGGUUUUUGUUCCUGUGACCCUAGAGAAGAGAGGCAAUUCCUGUUCAAAACUUUAUGAAAUGCUGUACAGUGAAUGAUGCAGAGAGAUGGAACAGUCUAUAACUAGAGAAGGCAAUCCAGAACCAUUGUUCUAACACCUUUUUAUCCCAGACGUCUGGGGAUAUGGAUAAAAUGGGCUCUGAUCCAAACUGACCGUGGGUUUUGCAAAAUCAAAUCCUGCUAACAACAUUUUCCAAAACCAACCAUCUCUGGCUGCAACUGCUAUAGUCUAGAACUGGAAAAACAAUAUGAAAAGUGUUGUUGUAAUCCACUGAGAAUUGCUAAAGUGAAGCUACAUGCUAAGUAUCAGGCAGGAGAUUGGCUUUUUCACCAACUGGGUAACUUAAGAAGAAUAACGGGUGCCUUAAUAAAUUCUGCUCCAUAUCAAGUACAAUUGUUUUUUAGACAAAGGUUUCCCCCUUCACAAUCUGUGUAUCCUACAGUGGUCAGGAGGCUAAAUGUCUGACAGCACGUUUUCAUAUCAAUAGACUCUGAAGUCACAAACACAGUGUUAUGAUUUCAUUGCAGGAUCAAGGGGAUAAGAUAUCUGGGUUGUCUAAGAAAAAGUUCUUAUCCCAAUGCACAGUUUCACUAAUGAACAAAUCUGCAAGCGAAUGCAGACACUUAUGGGCAAAGGAGACGUUAGAUUUAAAGUUUAUGCAGCACAGCACCUGGUUUCACCUCUCCA